AUGCCCGCCGCCGCUUACAACAAGAUCUUUACCCCUGAAGACUUGCGCAUUGUCUUUAUAGAUCACCAGCCUCAAAUGACAUUCGGUGUUUCCAACAUUGACAAGCAGCAGCUUCGUCACACUUCUUGCACGGGUUACCAAGGAGUACAAUGUCCCUAUCAUAUUGACUGCUGUCGAGGCGAGUCCUUCAUUCUCUGGCUACAUCCAGCCCGAACUCUUGGACGUUUUGGAAUGUCAAAGAUUGAUUGUGGAGCGCACCGCAUGAACUACUUGGAUGAUAAAGGCUUUCGUGCUGCAAUUCGUGCCACUGGCAAGAAGAACAUGAUCAUGACUGGACUUUUGAGCGAAGGCUGUGCGACUUGGCCCACUAUUGAAAUGUUGGGUGAAGGAUACAACAUUUUUAUGGUGGAAGGUUGCUGUGGUGCCACCGGUGAGGCUGCUCAUGAGGCUGCCUUGAGCCGCUGUAACUGUUCCCUUGACUACCAUUCCUUGUCUGCUGGAUGGCAGCGCGACUUGGCUCGUCGUGUGCACUACACAGGCUGCGACUAUGACAACUUGAUGAACUUGCUCAAGCCUCAAGCAGGAGCGGAGCGUACGUGUACGGAGUGGGAAUUGAGCAUUCCUACUCCAUGGUGCGCAAGCAAAUCCAGAGCACCAAGUAUCCUCAUCGUGGAUGCAAUGUUUAACAUGUGGUAA